GUACAGGGUAGGGUAGGGAGGUGGGAGGAAAGGGGCGUGUGCCAGUCCUGGCGCGCUUUCGGGCAGGGGCAGGAGUGGUAUAGCUCUCGCGCAUUCCCAACUUUUCGGUGAGGGGUUGGGGCAGGGCGAGCUAUAAAGGAGCGGACUGAGGAGGAACACCAUGGCUGCGCUCCUGCUGCUACCCCUGCUGCUGCUGCCGCUAUUUCUGCUGAAGCUGCUCCGGUGGCCCUGGCUCCGCUGGCUCAUAGCGGAUUUGGCCUUUACUGUGCGCGCCCUGCGAUGCAAGCGGGCCCUGCAAGCCAGAGCGGCCGCCGCCGCUGCAGCGGACCCGAGGGGGCCCGAGGGCGGCUGCAGCCUGGCCUGGCGCCUCUCGCAGCUGUUCCGGGAGUGUCCUGGGCGCACCUUCCUCAUUCACCAAGGCAGGCACUACAGUUACGCGCAGGCGGAGCGCGAGAGUAACCGAGUUGCGCGUGCCUUUUUGCGAGUGAGGGGCUGGAAAGAGGACCCUAACCUGGACGGAGGGGACGGGAUGGGGGCUACUGAGAAAGGUGCAAGGUACGCAAGUGGCGCAGGGGACGCGGUAAGAAGCGAAGCUGAGCAUGCACCGAGCAAAGGCGACGAAGCUGUCUCCGAAGGAGGGGAUUGGGCCCCACUGGAGUCUGGGUCGGUGGUGGCAUUGCUGCUCCCUGCCACCCCUGAGUUCUUGUGGCUCUGGUUCGGACUCGCUAAAGCGGGGCUGCAGGCCGCCUUUGUGCCCACCGCCCUGCGUCGGGGCCCCCUACUGCACUGUCUCCGGAGUUGUGGCGCUCGCGCCCUAGUUGUGGCGCCAGAGUUCCUGGAAUCCCUGGAGCCUGACCUGUCAGAUCUGAAAGACUUGCAGCUAAAAUUAUGGGUUGCAGGCCCUGGACCCCACCCUGAGGGCUUCAGCGAUCUUCUGGCUGAGGCCGCUACGGAAGGGGACGGGCCGCUGCCUGGGUACUUGUCAGCUCCCAGAAAUAUUCUGGACACUUGUCUGUACAUCUUCACCUCUGGAACGACUGGGCUCCCCAAGGCUGCUCGAAUCAGUCAUUUGAAGGUGCUGCAGUGCCAGGGGUUCUACCAGCUGUGUGAUGUCCACCAAAACGAUGUGAUCUACCUCACCCUCCCACUCUAUCAUAUGUCAGGCUCUCUGCUGAGCAUCGUUGGCUGCCUGGGCAUUGGGGCCACUGUGGUACUGAAGACCAAGUUCUCUGCUAGCCAGUUCUGGGAAGACUGUCGGGAGCAUGGAGUGACAGUGUUCCAGUACAUUGGAGAAUUGUGUCGAUACCUUGUCAACCAGCCACCGAGUGAAGGGGAACGUAACCAUGGGGUACGCCUGGCAGUGGGCAGUGGGCUGCGACCAGAUAUCUGGGACCGUUUUGUGAAGCGAUUUGGGCCCCUACGGGUCCUGGAGACAUAUGGUCUAACGGAGGGCAAUGUAGCCACGUUCAACUACAUUGGAUACCCAGGGGCUGUGGGGAGGUCAUCCUGGCUCUACAAGCGAUUUUCACCCUUCUCCUUGAUUCGCUAUGAUGUGGCUUCAGGGGAACCAGUACGGGAUGACCAGGGGCUCUGUGUCCCUGUGCCUACUGGUGAGGCAGGGCUGAUGGUGGCUCCAGUGAACCAGGGAGCCCCAUUUCUAGGAUACGCAGGGAGCCCUGAGCUGGCACAGGGGAAGCUGUUGCAGAAUGUCUUCUGUCCUGGAGAUGUGUUUUUUAACACUGGGGAUUUGCUGGUCUGUGAUGCCCAUGGCUUCCUACACUUCCAUGACCGCACUGGGGACACUUUCAGGUGGAAAGGGGAAAAUGUGGCCACAACUGAAGUGGCUAAGGUUCUAGGAGCACUAGAUUUUCUGCAGGACGUGAAUGUCUAUGGAGUCACUGUCCCAGGGCAUGAAGGAAGAGCAGGCAUGGCUGCCUUGGUUCUACGCCCACACCACACCUUGGACCUCAGCAGACUCUAUGCCCACAUAGCUGAGUUUCUGCCGCCCUAUGCUCAGCCUCGAUUUCUUCGGGUCCAGGAGUCUUUGGACACCACAGAGACCUUCAAACAGCAGAAGGUUCGACUGGCAAGGGAGGGCUUCAACCCAAGCACAGUGCAAAUGCCACUUCAUGUACUGGACCAGACAGCAGGUGCCUAUGUACCCCUCACACCUGCCCGGUAUGAUGCCCUCUUGGCUGGACAAGUCCGUAUCUGAAUGCCCUGCUACACAGGCAGAUGUGAAGAGGGGGCAGAGGAGGGAAUGGGAAGGGGGACAGGGCCUUGGGGGUGUGGUU